UUCUUUAUAAACUUUGUAGACAAGACCCUCCUGGGGGUUUCCUGGCACCACUGAAGUGAUUCCCUGGGUCUGGCCAAGGGCAUGACUGGGCGCCCUGGCAUCUCCUGCCGGAUCUGGCAUCUGUGAAGACCCCGGAAACCUGGGACAGAUCAAGGAGUUCCGAGUCAGUGCCAGGAGCCUGAAGCCCCUAGAGCCCCUCCUGAGAUCGGUGCACGCCGGGCCCCGGCUGAUCCUCGGGCGUCAAGACCUCCCGCUGGACCCCGGUGCAGUCUGCCUGUGGCCGGGCCUCUCGCUGUGCUGGGAGAAUCCGUCGUCUGUGGAGCACCAUCAUCGCUGGCCUCUAAGUGAACUCGUGCCUUAGCCCACGCCUGUUGUCUCCUUAAAACUUCUCAGCCUGGUCCUUUCUGAGGCUUGUUCUUCAGUCCCUGUGGGCCCAGCAGGAAGCAGGCGGCCCAGCGGAGCACGAUGGGGUGCAAGCUGCUGCUCGGCAUUGGGCAGCAGAUGCUGCGGCGGAAGGUGGUGGACUGCAGCCGGGAGGAGAGCCAGCUGUCCCGCUGCCUCAACACCUUUGACCUGGUGGCGCUGGGCGUGGGCAGCACGUUGGGCGCCGGCGUGUACGUGCUGGCCGGCGCCGUGGCCCGUGAGGACGCAGGCCCUGCCAUUGUCAUCUCCUUCCUGAUCGCGGCGCUGGCCUCGGUGCUGGCGGGCCUGUGCUAUGGCGAGUUUGGUGCUCGGGUGCCCAAGACGGGCUCGGCCUACCUCUACAGCUACGUCACCGUUGGGGAGCUCUGGGCCUUCAUCACUGGCUGGAACCUGAUCCUGUCCUACAUCAUUGGCACUUCCAGCGUGGCAAGAUCCUGGAGCGCCACAUUCGAUGAGAUGAUAGGCAAGCCCAUUGGGGAAUUCUCUCGAAAACACAUGGCUCUGAAUGCCCCCGGAGUGCUGGCUGAAACUCCAGACAUAUUUGCUGUGAUUAUCAUUCUUAUCUUAACAGGCCUUCUGACUUUCGGUGUGAAAGAAUCAGCCAUGGUCAGCAAAAUCUUCACCUGCGUGAAUGUCCUGGUCCUGGGCUUCAUCAUGGUGUCAGGGUUCGUGAAAGGCUCCGUCAAGAACUGGAAUUUCACGGAGCAGGAUUUCCAGAACGGCACCAGUAGGUUCUGCUCCAACAAUGACACUCAAAUUGGGGACCCCGGUGCCGGAGGAUUCAUGCCCUUUGGCUUCUCUGGCGUCUUGUCGGGGGCAGCCACCUGUUUCUACGCCUUCGUGGGCUUCGACUGCAUCGCCACCACAGGUGAGGAAGUCAAGAACCCUCAGAAGGCCAUCCCUGUGGGGAUCGUGGCCUCCCUCCUCAUCUGCUUCGUGGCUUACUUUGGAGUAUCGGCUGCCCUCACGCUCAUGACGCCGUACUUCUGCCUGGACAAGGACAGCCCGCUGCCCGACGCCUUCAAGCACGUGGGCUGGGACGGCGCCAAGUACGCGGUGGCUGUGGGCUCCCUCUGUGCCCUUUCCACCAGUCUUCUAGGCUCCAUGUUCCCCAUGCCUCGGGUCAUCUAUGCCAUGGCCGAAGAUGGACUGCUAUUUAAGUUUUUGGCAAAGAUCAACAAUAGAACUAAGACCCCGGUGAUUGCCACCAUCACCUCAGGCGUCAUUGCCGCUGUGAUGGCCUUCCUCUUCGACCUGAAGGACUUAGUGGACCUCAUGUCCAUUGGCACUCUCCUGGCUUACUCUCUGGUGGCUGCCUGUGUGCUGGUCUUAAGGUACCAACCAGAGCAACCAAACCUGGUUUACCAGAUGGCCAGAACCACUGAUGAGCUAGACCACGUGGACCAGAAUGAGCUGGUGAGCACCAGUGAUUCCCAGACUGGCUUUUUGAGGGAAGCACAGAACUGUUCCCUGAAGGCCGUACUCUCACCCAGAAACACAGAGCCAACCAAGUUCUCCGGGAUGAUUGUCAACAUCUCAACAAGCCUCAUAGCGAUUCUUAUCAUCACCUUCUGCAUCGUGGCUGUGCUUGGCAGAAGCGCACUGAGCCAGGGCGAGUGGUGGGCCAUCCUCCUGCUGGCGGGCUCUGCCCUGCUCUGCGCUGUGGUCACUGCCAUCAUCUGGAGGCAGCCUGAGAGCAAGACCAAGCUCUCGUUCAAGGUGCCCUUUCUGCCACUGCUGCCCGUACUCAGCAUCUUCGUCAACGUCUACCUCAUGAUGCAGCUGGACCGCGGCACCUGGGUUCGCUUCGCCGUCUGGAUGCUCAUUGGCUUCACCAUCUACUUUGGCUACGGGCUGUGGCACAGCGUGGAGGCGUCACUGGCCACUGGCCCUGCACGGACUCCUGACGACAACCUGGACCGCUGCAAGUGACCCACGGCGCUGGGCCCUGAGCUCGGCCCCGGGUCGCCCCGGCAGUGCCCGGCUCUGCUCCAGCGGCUCUUCGGGCGCCGGUGGACCCCAGCAGGCAGCCCCGCGUGAACGGCAGCCCAGCCGAAGCCCGCCUGGGUCGCCCCCUGCAGGCUCCACACUGCCCCCGGACCUGGGACCACCGCAGCUCCCGUCUCCUCGUGGGCUCGGGCAGGAAGGAGUCCCCGCUCCCGCAGACCUCCCGGCACACUCCAGACUCCGCCCAGCCCCAAACAGUCAUCUGGCAUGUAAGAUGUUCCACAGGACCCUGGGCCCUGCACAGCCGCCGUCACAACGGGGGAGCACAGCUCCCGUGCCUCGCCUCGGCUCGCUGCUGGCCUGUCCAGGCCCUUGGGACUGUGGCCCCUCCCCCCAUUUCCUUUCCAAGCAGGGCUUGGCCCCGGAGGCUGGCUCUGCUCCUGCCUCUGCUGCUCCCCGUGGAACUGGGGGUCCCGCUGCGCCCAUGUUUGUUCCCUCCCCAUCUCUUGCUGCUUCCGAGCAUGUGGCCCGUGGCACUGGGGCAUGGCUCUGUCUUUUGGGGGACAUCUGCAAGACAGCCCUGAGAACCCCGUUUCCCCUGGCUCCUUCCCCCCACAUCCACCUCCUUCAGUGUGUCCAGGCCCCCUGGGUCAUAGGUGAAGAUGACUAGGUCCCUGUCCACCUCCAGCCAUUUUGUGACACCUUCUUGUCAUGGAGCUGGAGGCCUGGUGACAGCUCACCAACCCGGAAAGGGAAGGAGGGAAUAGUCCAGUGCCCUGAUACCUGGGCAGAGUAGAAACUCAGGAUCCAGGAAGAGGCACAGAUGGGGGUGUGGAUGGCUGUGUGGACACUCCAGAGGACGCCCAAGCUGCAUUUCUAUCUGCCAAGGCCCUGGACGCAGUGGGGCAGGAAGUGGCUCAAAACUGUGACACCAUUUGUCUCCCUGUCCCGGAAAGCUUUUGCAGAGAGAUGCAAGGUGCAGGGCCCAGCCAGGAGGCUGCUGGUCAGCCAUCAGCGGCCAGGUUCCGGCCUUCCCCCAGUCUGGUCACCUUUGGCUGAAAGCUUCUCAACAGAAUUGGUGGGUCUUUCAGAGGGAGGUCAUCAGAACCUAAAGCUCGGAUUUCCAAAGAAAGGUGUUAAACUCUGCAGAGUGGUGCUGUAAAAUAUUUCAAGACGUGUAAGUUACUUGGGGGUGGCUUUGGUUGCCUGUUAACUGUUUGUUUUUCCCAAUAUUCUGGAUAUCUCCCCUCCACGCCCCCCAUGUCAGCAACCAAAUCCAAGGAGAACACUAUGUCCAAGAAAGGUGGCGAACGGCAGCUGAUCUUUCUCACUUUCUCUUAGUGGCUGCCUGUCUCCUGAGACGCAGCCCGCAGAGUGUUUACAGAUGACGUUUCCCAACAGCGGAGAUUGUACCACACUUGGCCCAGUGGCAGGUGUGUGGGUGGUGGCAGCGUGAGCCCCACUGCACAGAGGAUGCUGGGGGCAGUGUGGGCAAGCAGCCCCUGCUCUUUUCCAGCCCUUUCCUUGUGCUGGUCCAGGCCUUUAGCUCUUGUAUCAUCAGGGCAGGGCUGGAAUGGUGUUUGGACUGGUGACCCUCAUCCUUCUGGUCUGCCCCCUCUCCCCGCCACGAUCUCUCUCUCUCUCUCUCUCUCUCUCUCUCUCUCUCUCUCUCUCUCUCUUUCUCUCUCUCUCUCUCUCUCACACACACACACACACACACACACACACACACACACACACACACACACACACACACACCGUGCCCCCCAGUCCUGCACCUUGCAUCCUCUUGCCCUGGGCAAGAACAGGAUUCUGUGAUUCUGUUUCACAGCUUGGUAGGUGUUUCCCACACAACCAGAGGUCCCACAUUUCUAGGGACACACCCUUUAAGUGUUUCAUGUCUGUGCGCCAGAACCAAGGAGUUCCCAAAGGAAGGACCCCUUUGCACCCCUUCUUGGCUCCUGUGACACCCCUCCCCACACACACCUUGCGUGAACACUCAUGAAGCAACAGCCCCAGGGCCUUCCCCAAGAGAAAAGGGUGAAGGAGUCUCGCCUUGGGGGACCCCAAUCACUGCACCCCACCUGCUCACACCUCAGCCUGGCUUUGGCCGAGAGGGAGGAGUAGAAGAGCCUUUUUUCCCAGGCUGUCUGGGAAAGGCGUUCAGACCUGCCAGGCUCUGCCUUGGGGGUCUGCUGCUGCAGAUCCUUUCUCAGUUCAGCUAACCAGCCACCGGCUCCCACACUUGGGACACCCCAAACUCCAAACUCCGAAGCAUUCCCUCUGCUUCUUUGAGCCCGGACAUGCCUCCUACACCCGGAGCAAACCCCACCUGAUGCCGCUGGGCCCCCCAUCGGCAUUCAGAGUACAUGGUUCUGUCGGCAUUCAAGCACCACCACUGACAAGAGCAGUGAGGUCCCCCCAGGUGUCCUAGGAGGUCCGGGUGAGGUUUGUGGGUGCAGCCACAUCCCGCCUGCAGUGGGGAGUGUUGAUGCUGCUGUGCAGAACUGUUCAGAGUUCACAAGACAGAGCCAAAUACCAGUUCCGUAUCAUUGUUCUGUGUAAUUUAAAGCGUACGUUUGCCAUCACACUGAGUUUUGUAUACAAGACUCAUUUAGGGUGAGUGAGAUGUAUGUGCAUUUUGUCAGACUUACAUGGACUUUUUUUUUUUACAAUGAAAUACUCAUUUUGAGAAGCUAUGUAUUUCCUCACUGAAAUUAUGAUGCCUCAUGGGUUUUUAAGGCAAGAAAAAAAAAACAGAAAAACACAGCAAAACUGACUUCGUAUUAACUCUAAUCCAGAGUCUCUGAGCCCGGUGCUUCACUGAGUGGCAGUGAUCUCUGGAAAAAGGUGUGGCCUGGGAGUGUGGCCCCCCGACCCGUGAAGCGCCUCAGGAUGUUCUCAGGGUCUGAGCUGGCCACCAGGCAGGCAGCAAUGCCACGAAGAUGCUUUUUUUUUUAUCUAACUUUGUUAAUUUAUUAACAGGGUCGAUGAAUUCAUAAUUCUUGAUGUCAAGCCUUUACGUUUGGGACUCAUUUUCUUAUUUGAGAAGUUAUUAUAUAUAUAUAUAUAUAUUUAAAUAAGUUUCCUGCUUAAGUUGUGCCUUUCAAAGUCAACGGAUCUGAGCACAAGAGUCAUGGUCCCGAGGGUUGGUUUCUUGUCAAACCCGAAUAGCUGUGGUUGCUGGAAGUGACCGUUUUCUCCUACUGAACAUGGAGCCAUUAUUACAAGAGUUGAGUGGGUUUUUUAAUUAUGUAAAUUGUAUAUUUUUUUGCUUGUUUGAUCUAUUUUUCUAAUAGUUUUCUUAGUUUCUUAUAAUUGUAAUACUCAAUUUAGAUCUCUGAUGCUAAAUGCCAAUCACGUUGGUCUCUGCUGCUCCCUCCCUUUUGUAUUUUGUUUUGAGAAUAAGCCUAGAUGUUCAUAGUCUUAAAAAAUUGUGAAACUCUCGUAUCUCUUAUUUGCAAACAACAGCAUAUUGACAACUUGAACCAUGCUUUAUGUUGUAAAAUCAAGCCUUUUUUUUGGGGGGGGUGCUACAUUAUCCCAUGCCUCCGCAAGUUUUAAUAAAUUCCUUUGGUGUGCCCUG